AUCAUCGCCCGCGGCGGCCGCUCGCAGUCCCGCUGCCGCGCGCCGAACCCUGACCGCGCCCCUGCGGAGCGCCGCGCCGAGCAGCCGCUGAGACCCACGCUCGCUCGCUGGGCGGCAGCGCGGGCACCGGGCCGACCAUGGCGGGCAUCGCAUUCAAGCUGGCGAAGGACCGGGAGGCGGCCGAGGGGCUGGGCUCGCACGAGAGGGCCUUCAAGUACCUCAGCCAGGACUACGCGGCGCUGCGGGACGAGUGGCUGGAGGCCGGGGCGCUCUUCCAGGACCCGUCCUUCCCGGCCCUCCCAUCUUCCCUGGGCUUCAAGGAGUUGGGACCCUACUCCAGCAAGACCCGGGGCAUCGAGUGGAAGCGGCCCACGGAGAUCUGCGAUGAUCCCCAAUUUAUUACUGGAGGAGCCACUCGCACAGACAUCUGCCAAGGAGCCCUGGGUGACUGCUGGCUGCUGGCAGCCAUUGCCUCCCUCACCUUGAAUGAAGAAAUCCUGGCUCGAGUCGUCCCCUUGGACCAGAGCUUCCAGGAGAACUACGCGGGGAUCUUCCGCUUCCAGUUCUGGCAGUACGGCGAGUGGGUGGAGGUGGUGGUGGACGACAGGCUGCCCACCAAGGACGGGGAGCUGCUCUUCGUGCACUCGGCAGAGGGCAGCGAGUUCUGGAGCGCGCUGCUGGAGAAGGCCUACGCCAAGAUCAAUGGGUGUUACGAAGCACGCUCGGAGGGUGCCACCACUGAGGGCUUCGAGGACUUCACCGGAGGCAUCGCCGAGUGGUACGAGUUAAGGAAGGCCCCUCCCAGCCUGUUCAAGAUCAUCCAGAAGGCUCUGCAGAAAGGCUCUCUCCUUGGCUGCUCCAUCGAUAUCACCAGUGCUGCAGACUCGGAGGCCAUCACCUUCCAGAAGCUGGUGAAGGGGCACGCGUACUCGGUCACUGGCGCCGAGGAGGUGGAAAGCAGAGGAAGCCUGCAGAAGCUGAUCCGCAUCCGGAAUCCCUGGGGAGAGGUGGAGUGGACCGGGCAGUGGAACGACGACUGCCCAAACUGGACAACUAUUGACCCUGAGGUGAGGGAAAGCCUGACCAGACAGCAUGAAGAUGGGGAAUUCUGGAUGUCUUUCAGUGACUUCCUGAGGCACUAUUCCCGCCUGGAGAUCUGCAACCUGACCCCUGACACGCUGACCAGUGACGCCUACAAGAAGUGGAAACUCACCAAGAUGGAUGGGAACUGGAGGCGGGGCUCCACCGCGGGCGGCUGCAGGAACUACCCGAAUACCUUCUGGAUGAACCCUCAGUACCUGAUCAAGUUGGAGGAGGAGGACGAGGACCAGGAGGACGGGGAGAAUGGCUGCACCUUCCUGGUGGGUCUCAUCCAGAAGCACCGGCGGCGGCAGAGAAAGAUGGGCGAGGACAUGCACACCAUUGGCUUCGGCAUCUAUGAGAUUCCAGAGGAGUUCACAGGACAGACCAACAUCCACCUGAGCAAGAACUUCUUCCUGACGCACCGAGCGAGGGAGCGGUCGGACACCUUCAUCAACCUGCGGGAGGUGCUCAACCGCUUCAAGCUGCCCCCGGGGGAGUACAUCCUGGUGCCGUCCACCUUCGAGCCCAACAAGGACGGGGACUUCUGCAUCCGGGUCUUUUCCGAGAAGAAAGCCGACUACCAAGUCGUCGACGAUGAAAUCGAGGCCAACCUUGAAGAGAUUGAUGUCAGCGAGGACGACAUCGAUGAUGGAUUCAGGAGGCUGUUUGCCCAGUUGGCAGGGGAGGAUGCAGAGAUCUCUGCCUUUGAGUUGCAGACAAUCCUGAGGAGAGUUCUGGCAAAGCGUCUGAACGUCAGCCUGGGGAUGGUCUCCAGAAGUCCCGUGGACUUCACUCUGGCCCAACCCCAAGAGAUAAAAAUCCUCCUCUUGAAGCCAAAGAAGGAUCCAGGCCAGUGGGGUCUUCCAUCACAGUGCACGUGAACGACACGCAUGUGGUCCCUCACAGGAACCACGUGUGACCGAUCCAUGCCCUGUGGCCUCCAAACGAACGGCUGCAUUUGAGCUUCUUCGCAGAGCUGCAGCCACGGGGUCCAGCGGCCAGGGUAGGACUUCCCCACGGCAGACCCUGGUCCUCGGCCCCCCUCCUCCGAUCUGGGGGUGACGAGACGUGGUGUUUACCCUCGAGGCCACCAGGCACGAGUGAGGUCACAGGCUGUUAAGCUGUGUGGUUGUCAUGAACCCAGGGACACUGAGCCCCAUUGUCAGAUAACUGUGCUAGGCAUUUUUAUAAUUGUCUUGUCACAGUAAUCCUGGGAAGUGAACCUAUUACCCCCAUGUUCUAAGUGGUGUAUCUUAAGUGUAGAAUUCCUAUAUCCAACAUAAAUGGCCGUGUUGAAAGAAGGAAAGAUGUCAUUCAAGUGUUUUCCUAUUCUUUUUUAUUAUUACUAUGCCCUUUGCAAUGCGACACUGUGAAAACAGCCCUUUGGGGGCAUCUCCCUUUUCCAGAAUCUCUCCUUGGCUCACCACCAGCUUGGUUUCCUCAUGGGGAGUGUUUUACUUGGCCUUCCUAUAUCUGAUAAAGCUACAAACAAACCAGGAGAGGCCAGCAGGGUGUUAGUGCCCAGAAGGGAACGGCUUUGGGAUUUCAGGCGCAUAUCUCUUUCCUUGGAAUCCUUUCAGCAUGUGGAGAAGGAGGCUGGUAUCUGCAGUUAGGUAUCAGAUGUGACCAGAACAGGCUUUUGAGUAUUCUGAUUUCUUUCCUGGGUCCCAAGGCUUGUUUCAUCCCAGGAUGCAUCUUUUUAAGGUGAAAAGCCUUAACCUCCGGAGAAGUUUAGGAGAGUCUGAUCUCCAAAGGUGGAGGAAAGGCAAUACCUGGACCAUUAACUUGAAAUCCUUUCUUGUGAGCUAGGGUUUGACAUCUCUUUUUGAUCUUUGGACUGGGGCCUCUAUAUUUUCCAGGCUAGUUUAAGCAUUGAAACUAGAUGUGAAUCUCUUUCAGGACCUUAAAUGUUUUAGAUAAUCAUGUAGUGACUUGGAUAGGCAUUUAACUAAUUUGUUCCAAGGUCAGAAGAGCCCAAGAAUUCCCCAGAGUUCCUCUCUUUGCUUCUAAAGGCACAACCUCUAAAGAAGAUGACUCAUGUCUCCAUGGCAACUGUUAAAGGUGCUGCCUAGAGGGGCCCUGCCUCCACCCUCACUUACUUAGCUUGAAAGAAUCAAAAGAAUUUCCUUGUGUCAAGGGGGUGCUAUGUCCAGUUUUCUUAUGAAAACUGUUGUCAAGAUUCCUGCGUCUUUCUGACAUGGUAGCUGUCAAAUUCCUUCAAGAUGAUGUAGGAAAUGGCUCUUAUCUCUUGGAAGCCAGAGAAAUUGCUUUAAUUCACCAAGACUCACCCCUAAACCAAAGGCCUUAUUCUAAUACUGUCUUCCCUCUCUACUCUGAAUUCUCCCUUCUUUCCUUUCCAGGGGUUGUUUUUAGCCCAAGGCUUUGCAUCUGAUUGAGUAAGACUUAGAGGCAGUAAAAAGAACACCGUGAACUCAGCCAGAACCGCCUUAGGGUCCCUAGGGUUGAGAAUAGCUCUAGAACCUCGGGGACCCCUGGGCUUAGACCCAGAAGUGAUAGAACAGCCCCUGAUUUCUGGCAUUUCAGUCCAGAUCUUCAAGGACUGUUCUCCCUUGACAGUCAAGUGAGCAAGGAAAGUUUCGCAGUAGAUUGCAAGCCAGCUUUUCCGUAUCUAUUUUCCUGGAGCAGAACAAGGCAGCUGCCUUAUAGGACUCUAAAUUUGGAUCAAUUUCCUAACACACACACACACCCCCCACAGAAAGAUACAUGGAGAAAAAAUAUAUAACUACUUUAUCAGUGAAGUACUUCAAGGAAGAGCUGCAUUUUGCCGUACUGUAAUCUCUAAGAUAAUGUCUAGGAAAGCAUUCGUGUAAUUAUAAUAAUACCAAACUAGGAAAAGCUAGUGAUCACUCUCACGAAAGUCUGAGUUAGACUCGAAUAGGAGGAUGAAGGUCUGCUGGUCGUCAGGUCUUGUGCCCUCUCCGUGCCAGGAUGCCUGCCACUAGCAUCUUUCACUCACCUGGGCUUUAACCUGGACUCUGGCAGCCUUUCCCAGCUCCAGGCACAUACAGGACCCAUCCCUCAGGACACGUGCCAGGUCUAGCCGUAUACCCCAGCGUUUCUCACACGCUCUCCCACUCAGCCAGUAUGUCCCUGACUGUGGCACUUCAGCAGCUCCACUGGGCACUGGGACGCCAGCGACUGGGGUUGGGGCCCCUUCGUCUAGGUUGGCCCAGAUGUAACAUCUUUAGCAUUGCCUCUUCCAGUGUCGGGGACUCAUUUAUUCGACAGAUUAUUUGGAGCCCCUAGUAUACUCCAGGCACUGAGCUAAUCCCCAGCAAUACACGGUUGACCCAAGCCCAGCUCCCGCCCUCGAGGAGCCCACCAUUAGUGGGGAAGACAGUGUGGGAAGUGCCGCUGCAGGGAAUUACUGGGUGCCGUGGCAGGCGCUCAGAGGCACAGCCGCCCAGCUUUGGAAAUCGGGGGCUUCCUAAAAGAGGGGACAUCAAAGCUCCCGUUUGUCAGAGGCCUGAGGGAGAGCAUUGCAAAGGGCCUUCCUGGCCGAGGGGACAGCAUGGCGCUCAGCCAAAGGAGGGACAGCGUGGGUUGUCAGGGCCUGUGUGCAGAGAAGCAGCUGGAGCUAGGAGUUGAGGAGGGAGAAGAGAGGGACGUGGCCAGGGCAAUCAGUGACCCAGCCCAGGGGGCAUAAAGAGAGCUGUAGGUGACGCUCUGCCCCCUCUGAAGCCCACUGCCGAGGCCACCCAGCGAGGUAAGUGUGAUCCCCAUCAGGACCAGAUUUUCCCUCCUCGCCGUGGAGGUACACGGUUGCUCGCUGAGAUGAUUUAUUCCUGUGUAUCCUCCACCCCUCCCCCAGCUCCUUGUCCUCUCCCCCAGAGGUGUUUGAUUUCAAGAGCUUUAACCUGGGCUGGAUUUAGAGACAUACAGGGGACAGCUCUGGGUCAUCCUGACCUGGCUGUAGAACCACCAAGGCUAAAAAUACCUCUUGGGAACAAGGCGGCCAAGACCCCGGGAUGAGGGUGUACCCUAAGAUAAAUACACGGGAAGCCACCUAGGGCUUCCCAACUUGGGGGUGUGAGGUCUCCAUUCAUUCUACCGAAGGGCAGCCUCCCUUGGACAGCCUUUCCCCGGGUUGGGUCAUACCUGGCGGCCGAGCCUCUGCCGUGUCUGCAGUGUGCACCUGUGUCCUGCCAAAGAAAGGGGAGUUAACAAACAGAAACAAAAAAGCACAGAUGGAUCGCGUGCACAUGGAAAAUACCCGCAAGCCUAGGCAGCUGCCGUGAGCCUCGUGGGGACGGGGAGGCCCCUGGAGCCCUGCGCUCUUUGGGAGUGACGCAGGGAAGGCUCAGAGACAGCAGACAGAGUCUCUCUGUGCAGACAGCUCGCGGUGCCUUUUAGGUUUUCCAAAGAACCUAUUCAGAGCUCAGAGCGUUGGGUUUCUCUUCCCUUUGCCCCCAGACAAAUAAUUAGAGACUUUAUAAGAAGAAAAAGAAUUAGAUGAAUCAAAAUACCAGCUGUGAGGCAGCAUGGUUGCAAGAAACUCAAGAAAAGGCCACAAUAGGUAACAAUUUCCGUGAGGAGUUGGAGGCACUGGGGGCUGAAGGCAGUUUUCCUAGCUGAGGGGCUCAGGUCUCCUGACCCCAGAGGGCCCUGAGGACGGCUUGGGGCUCACCUCUUUUGCAAGACCUCCACACCUGCCCUCCUGGGUGCAGCCUGGCAUAUUCACCAGCCUUCUGGACCCUUGGAAAGAUUGUCGCUCAAACACCUACUCUUUUCCCAGAUACUCCUCUGGCUCCUUACUGAGGAAUUUCUAAUUCUGUGUCUUGUGGUUCCCACGCGACUAUCCCACCAGCCUAGACGUUUUAAUUAGAACUCGGCCUGUAGUAAUCACGAUGCUGGAAACUGACAGAAUAUUUGGCCUCAAAUACACCUACUUUAAAAUGAAGGUCCUGGAAGGUCCCCUUGGUCGGGGCGUGGUCAUGGAAUACGGCCAGGUUUGCCUUAGGACACCCUCUCCCCAUUGUCUGCCCUGGUCCAAUUCCCUCUCCAUCACCAGGAAGAGAUCAAAAUGCUUCCCUGCCAGGUGUCAGUGGCUGUGUAUUUGCUCUUCCCAAGGGCAUUUGUGUUUUAUUUAGGAUGAGGCGUUACAUUCAAGGAAAAUCUAGUGGCAGGAUCAGGAGACAUCAGCUCUCCUUCAGGUCUGGGAGAUCAUCUUGAGGCAUUGCUCUCCUGAGCACCUGCAGAGGCUUCCUCAGGUGGGCGUGGGAGCCCCGCAGGGAAGCCUGCCCAGCCCUCCACGUGCACGUGAAUUCUGUAAAGCGGUGGGUGCCCAUCUGUUUGGACCACACGUGGCUGUCAGCAAAAACCUUGUGAGAUGCAUCCCCCCCCGUAUGUUUAUUAAUUUAAAGUAUAUAUUCAUAUACUUCUGUACUAAAACAUUAGGCACAUUUUUUAAAGUGCACAACAUAGAAAUUUUUAAAGAAUAAGAUACAAAAUAUUAUAGACAGAGGUUCUGGUAUUUUCACUCUGAAGCCCUGAGGGUUUGGGUGCCCCCUAGUAUUAAUAUGUGCACAGCCACUUUGGACACCAACCACCAUUUCAAGAGCAAAUCCUCACACCUUGACGGCAUCCAUCCCAAACUACUGUGCUGGCACUUGGCCUGAAGCAUAGGAAGGUCUUAAAGCAAAAUCCCCAGGAGAUUCUAAUCUGGGAGACAGGGCAAGCAAACUCUCAAAUAGAAUAAACUUAAACAAUUCAAAACCCCAUCCGACAGGAGAGUGGACUCCCUAGGCAGCAGUGGCUAUAGGUGCUAAGAAAAGAUCAGGUACACUGUACAGAGCCAUGGGGUUGCUCAUAUUCCCUCUCUGGGUCUCCAGAAAAGGACAUUUGGCAAUAUCCCCAGCUCUCUCAUGAUUGGAAUUCUUUGAACCCUCAAAGUUCUUCAGUAGUACUAUUAUUCCCCACAGCGCAAGUGGGUCCACGUCGCUUGAAUAUUAUUUCUGAUUUGACCACCAAGAUACGAUGAUGAUUCUGUUUCAUUUGAAAAGGGUCUGAGAAGGUAUACAGGUCUAAUUAUAUAUACAUAUUUAUACAUGUGUAUUUUUGUUUAUUGUUACAUUUUGACAUUGGACUUUCUAUUAAAUAAUUUUUAACAGUU